CGUGAGUGGGUGGCAGCUGCGCAGUCCCGUUCUUUCUCAGCCGAAGACGGCCAACAGUCUUUUAAAACGCAUCAAUGCGCUUCCUUCUUCCUAACUAUCCGGGCCCCCGGGAAGCUCGGCGGGAACUUCAAAGCGCAGGAAAAAGGCAAAGGCGGCGCCUCCCGCAGGGGCAGGGCCCGGCUUCUGCUGGGAGCGUGGGGGAGGGGAGGAGGGCGUAUUGCGCAGGCGCGGCCUGGCACCUCCCUCCUCCUGGUGAAGGCUCCGCCCCUUCCGCGCCAGUUCCGGGCCGGUCAGGGCCGGAGAGCUGGCGGGGCGCGCGACAGGCGGGUGCGGGGGGAGACCUGGUGCGGACGUGCGGGAGCUGUCAGCAUCCAGCCUGGGAAGAGAAGACUCAGAUCCCGUCCUCCCUCUCUGAGGUUCCUCUACUUCCCCAGCCCAGCUGGCAGAGAACCCAAUCCUGGAACCAGAGACAUGGCCGCUGGCAGCCAGAGACCGUCAUCCCAGGCAUUGGUGACAAUCAAGGAUAUUAUGGUGGACUUCACUGAGGAGGAAUGGGGUCUCUUAGACCCUUCUCAGAAGAAGCUGUACAAGGAGGUCAUACUGGAGAAUGUCCAGAAUCUACUGUUCCUGGAUGUAAAAACUGGGUUUACAGUAAAUGAGAUAAGUAAAAAGUUGGAAAUUUUUAUGGAAGAACAUGACCUGCAAAGAUUCAUAGAUGAUGAUCCCUUUGACUUCAAUUUGAAGGAAUUGCAUGAUUUUAUUCUUAAAGAAGAUAAAUGUCCAAAGAAUGAUUGUGAAUUGUACGAAAUUGGAAAGAGAUUCAGAUGGUCUUCUAUCCUAAAUCAGUGUAAGAAAAUGAGCUCAGGAAGUUAUUAUCUUAAAGGUAGUGAAUACAAGAAAUGCUUCACUAAAGACAUAGAGCUGUUGGUUCCACGAAAUCAAUGGGAUAUAGCUGUGAAGCGCAGUUCAGACCUCAAUGGCCAUCAGAAAACUGAUAGUGAAGAAAUCCUUUCCAUAAAUAAUAAAAGUGAGAAGGCUUUCAGUCAGAACGCUAAUCUCCUUACUCCUCAGCAAAUGCAUAUUGGAAAAGAACCUGAUGAAAAUAAUGUGUGUAAAGCAAACUCAUCCUGCCACUCAUCUCUUCCUUGCCAUCCUGGAUUGAAGAGAUAUGCAUAUGAUCUGUGUGGGAAAGCCUUUGGUUGGAAUCCAGCUCUUUCUAGCCCUCAUAAGGCUCAUACUGGAGAGAUAUUUCAUGAAUGUACUGAAUGUGGGAGAGCUUUCUAUUACAGAUCAUUCCCACUUGACCAUCAUAGAAUGCAUUGUAAAGAGAAGCCUUAUUUAUGUCUUCAGUGUGGAAAGCCUCACAUAUGCAAUCAGUGUGGAAAAACUUGUACAGAUAUUUCCAGUCUAGCAAAACAUAAGGAAAUCCACACUGGAGAUAAGGCUUAUGAAUGUAAUCAAUGUGGAAAGACUUUUAGAUCGAGCUUCCAUCUCGCUAGACAUCAGAGAAUUCACACUGGAGAGAAACCUUUUAAAUGUAAUCAGUGUGGAAAAGCUUUUAGAUAUAAUUAUAACCUUACAGAACACCAGAGAAUCCACACUGGAGAGAAACCUUUUAAAUGUAAUCAAUGUGGAAAGGCUUUCACACAGAGUGCCAGUCUUGCUUUACAUCAGAGAAUCCACACUGGAGAGAAACCUUUUAAAUGUAAUCAGUGUGUAAAGGCUUUCACAGGCAGUGCCAAUCUUACUGCACAUCAGAGAAUCCAUACUGGAGAGAAACUUUUUAAAUGUAAUCAAUGUAUAAAGGCUUUCACACGCAAAAUGAAUCUUAUAAGACAUCAGAGAAUUCACACUGGAGAGAAACCUUUUAAAUGCAAUCAGUGUGGAAAGGCUUUCAGAUGCAGCUCAAGUCUUCCUAGACAUCAGGGAGUCCACACUGGAGAGAAGCCUUUUAAAUGUAAUCAGUGUGGAAAGGCUUUCACACGCAGUACCAAUCUUGCUGCACAUCAGAGAAUCCACACUGGAGAGAAACUUUUUAAAUGUAAUCAGUGUGGAAAGGCUUUUACACAGAGUGCCGGUCUUGCAGAACAUCAAAGAAUCCACAUUGGAGAGAAACCUUUUAAAUGUAAUCACUGUGGAAAGGCUUUUACACAGAGUUCCAAUUUUGCAGAACAUCAGAGAAUCCACACUGGAGAGAAACCUUUUAAAUGUAAUCAAUGUGGAAAGGCUUUCAGAUUUUCCUCCAGUCUUGUUAUACAUCAGAGAAUUCACACUGGAGAGAAACCUUUUAAAUGUGAUCAGUGUGGAAACUCUUUCACAAGCAGUGCCAAUCGGGCUGCACAUCAGAGAAUCCACACUGGAGAGAAACUUUUUAAAUGUAAUCAAUGUAUAAAGGCUUUCACACGCAAAAUGAAUCUUACAAGACAUCAGAGAAUUCACACAGGAGAGAAACCUUUUAAAUGUAAUCAAUGUGGAAAGGCUUUCAGAUGCAGCUCCCAUCUUGUUAGACAUCAGGCAAUUCACACUGAAGAGAAACCUUUUAAAUGUAAUCAGUGUGGAAAGGCGUUCAGAUGCAGCUCCCAUCUUGCUAGACAUCAGAGAAUCCACAUUGGAGAGAAACCUUUUAAAUGUAAUCAGUGUGGAAAGGCUUUCACACGCAGUGCCAAUCUUGUAGAACAUCAGGGAAUCCACACUGGAGAGAAAUCUUUUAAAUGUAAUCAAUGUAGUAAGGCUUUCAGAUUCUCCUCCAGUCUUGUUACACAUCAGAGAAUUCACACUGGAGAGAAACCUUUUAAAUGUAAUCAAUGUGGAAACUCUUUCACACGUAGUGCCAAUCUUGCUGCACAUCAGAGAAUCCACACUGGAGAGAAACUUUUUAAAUGUAGUCAAUGUGGAAAGGUUUUCACACGCAGUGCCAGUUUUGCUGCACAUCAGAGAAUCCACACUGGAGAGAAACCUUUUAAAUGUAAUCAAUGUGGAAACUCUUUCACACGUAGUGCCAGUCUCGCUGCACAUCAGAGAAUCCACACUGGAGAGAAACCUUUUCAAUGUAAUCAGUGUGGAAAGGCUUUCAGAUUCUCCUCCAGUCUUGCUGCACACCAGAGAAUCCACACAGGAGAGAAACUUUUUAAAUGUAAUCAGUGUGGAAAGGCUUUUACACGCAGCUCCCAUCUUGCCAGACAUCAGAGAAUCCAUACUGAAGAAAAACCUUUUAUAAUGUAAUUAAUAUGGAAAAAGUUUUAAAUGCAGCUCCCAUCUUACCAGGCCUUAGAGAAUCUACACGGGAGUGAAACUUUUUUUUUUUUUUUUUUUUUUUUUUU